UUAUGGGUUUCCCUUUGGAUCUCUCCAUUUCAAUACGAUUGCAUUUUUUACUCUACGUGUUUUUACUUGGUUCUUCAGUACAGCCAUUGUGCCAUCCUGAUGAACUCUCAGCAUUGUUGCAGUUCAAGGAAAGCUUUGUCAUCAUUAACUCUAGUUCUCAUGCUUAUCCCAAAACUGAAUCCUGGAAAGUUGAGGAGAAAAAUGGCGACUGCUGUUCUUGGAAGGGGGUGGAGUGUGACAAUAGCACUGGUCAUGUAAUCGGCCUUGACCUUAGUAGCAGUUAUCUCUUUGGUUCAAUCAAUUCCAGCAGCAGCCUCUUCCGUCUUUUUCACCUUCAAUUGCUUAACCUCUCACACAAUUUCUUCAAUAAUUCUAAAAUUCCUUCAGAGAUCAGGAACCUCUCAAGACUAACAUUCCUUGAUCUCUCUUACUCCAACUUCUCUGGUCAGGUACCGUCAGAAAUCUUAGAGCUGUCAGAAUUAGAGCUCCUUGAUCUGUCAAGGAACUCAUUGAAUCUUCGAAAGCCAGGGUUGAGGCCUCUGCUUGAGAAGUUAACCAACCUUAAAGUACUCGAUCUUGGUGAUGUGAAAAUAUCUUCUUCCAUACCUAAUAAUAUCUCACCAAAGUUUUCUUCAUUGUCAGCUUUAAUUUUAUCAAAUUGUGACUUGCGUGGUGAGUUUCCUAUCGGAAUUUUUGAGUUACCCUCGCUUCGGUUGCUCAAUCUGCAGUCCAAUCCGGAACUUACUGGAUAUUUACCUGUUAUUCAAGCCAACCACCCUCUUUUGAAAUUAUCCCUUGCAAACACAAGUUUUUUUGGACAGUUGCCAGAAUCAAUUGGAAACUUGAAGUCCUUGGAAUAUUUGGACAUCAAACACUGCAAAUUUUCAGGGAAGGUACCAUACUCACUUGGUAACCUUACUCAACUCAGAUAUCUUGAUCUGUCUUUCAACAACUUUUUGGGACCUAUUCCUUUCUCUGUUGGAAGACUAAACCAGCUUUUCGGCCUGGACUUCUCUUAUAACAAAUUUUCCGGAGAGAUCCCUUCUUCCUUGGCCAAUCUUACCCGACUUGUUUAUCUAUCUCUUGCCACCAACAAUUUCAACCGAGGAACCUUGUCUUGGCUCGGUACGCAAACCAAUCUAGCUUACUUGGACCUGGCAAAAACCAGUUUAUCAGGUAACAUCACAUCUUCUCUCAAAAAUUUGACCCAAAUUACUUGUUUAGUUAUCUUACGUACAAUAUCCAUUAGUGAGUUGAAGCUAAAUUGCGUUCUUAACCUUUCAAAUAAUUCACUGACAGGAGAAAUGUCGCCAAUGAUAUGCAAUCUGUCUUGUCUUGCUUUCUUGCGUUUAUCCAAUAACAAUUUGAGCGGAUUGCUUCCUCCAUGUUUUGGAGACCUCAGCAAAUGUCUGAUUAUACUCAAUCUUCAAAACAAUCACUUUAUAGGUGCAAUUCCUCGAGCAAAUAAAAUGGGAUGUAAGUUGAAGGCGAUAGACUUACGUCAAAAUCAGUUUCAAGGAAAGAUACCAAGGUCACUGGUCAAUUGUGCCAUGCUAGAGGCUGUUCACCUCGAAUACAAUCAAAUAAAUGAUAGCUUCCCCUCUUGGUUGGGUACCCUUCCCGAACUCAAGAUUCUAAAUUUGAGAUCUAAUAGACUCCAUGGUGUGAUUGGGAAACCUCAAACCAAAUUGCAUUUCCCCAAGUUGCAAAUCAUUGACCUCUCUAACAAUUGUUUAGCAGGUAAUUUACCAUUUGGGUACUUCAAUACUUGGAAUUCAAUGAAAGUAGUCACAGCAAGCAGCUUGUCAUACAUGGGAGUAAUCCUAACUUUGGACUUUUAUUUUGUUUUACCCAACCAAGUCCAUGAUUUUCACUUACGUUGCUCAGUCAAAUUGACAAAUAAGGGCCUGGAACUUGAAUACCGGCAUAUUCCAGAAUCCAAGACAGCCAUCGAUCUUUCGAACAAUAUGUUCAGUGGUGAAAUUCCAGAAGCCAUUGGGAAUUUGAAGGCUCUUAAGGUACUUAACCUUUCCAUUAACGCUUUUAUUGGUCAUAUCCCAUCAUGUUUGGGGAAUCUAAUACAACUAGAAUCUUUGGACCUUUCUCAAAAUAAUCUCUCCGGAGAAAUCCCUCAACAAUUGGCACAACUUACAUUCCUGGCAUUCUUCAAUGUUUCUCAAAACAACCUCCAAGGGCCCAUACCUCAAGGAACACAGUUUAGUACAUUUGCUACUAAUUGCUUUGAUGCAAAUUCAGGAUUAUGUGGAAGCCCUUUAUCAAUAAAAUGUGGAAUUCCUGAAGCCUCAUCUCCACCUUUAAACUCUGGAGAAGGUCAAGGCAUUGGUAGUGUGUUUGACUUUGGCUGGAAAGUAGUAGCCAUAGGAUAUGGAGCUGGACUAAUAAUAGGAUUGGUUGUUGGCUCCAACUUUAUCUUUGGGCCGCUAGUGAACUUGAAUGUUUUCGGAAUAGUCUUUAGAAAGAGGCACCCUAGAAGAGAAUAGGAGGCAUAGGUUUUGAAUCUUGUUAGGUAAAAAUCAUCUUUGAGUUUUGAAGUUCUUGUUUAUUUAUCUUAGACAGUGGAUUCCGCCAGCAAAGUUAAUAGAUAAUAAUUCUUAUUUCUUUUUAAAGAAGAUUGUAGUAGGGGGAUACAAUAAAGGUUGUAAAUUUGUCAUCAUAUGUCACUUUCUAAUAGUUAUUAAAUGGAUCACUUUCUAAAAGUUUAAGUCUUAAAUUUUAUUCUAAAAGUAUCUUUUGAAUUGUUGAA